AGAGUAAAUUACGCACAAACAUCUCUCGUUUCCUGUUCUGCGAACUUGGUAUCUGGGAUUAAUUUGCACAGAUUAAAACAACCAUCGUCUUUCCAGCCUCUCCCAUCACCAGCCUUUGCUCACUUCUGUUCCCUCAUAAUCCGAUCGAAGAAAGUCAAGAAACGAUCGAUUUCACUCAAGAUCAAGCCAAGGAAAGUGAAGAACGCUCAACCCAGCUUGAAGGAGAUCAAGAUGAGGCAAAGCCACUAUCUUUCUGCAGUGGUGGCGGAGGAAGUCCUAUCUGGUGGUUCCCCUGCCGGAUAGUGGGAGUCCAUGGACGUCGAUCCAACCAUCUUAUUGAAGGCGGACAUGAUGACAAAAAAUCAUGAUCUUUCUGCGGCGGCGGUGGAAGUCCUACCUGGCGGUGCCUCUCCUGGCAAAAAGGAGACCAAGGACGUCGUUCCCAGCAUCUCUUACUAUUCCAGAUUGAAGGAGGAUAAGAUGAUGGAAAACCAUUAUCUUUCUGCUGCGGCGGAAGUCUUGUCUGGUUGUGCCUCUGCCAGCGAAGGGGAGACCAAUGACGUCCAUCCAACUAUCUCCUCUGUCGGAGCCCCCACUGAGGAUUCGAGCUUGCCAGAAAUCACUGACAGAAUGCUUGGAAGGUGUGAAUCAUUUUGGGAGAUCCGUUCUGUAUCCCAGUUCGUCUCCAAUCUAACAAUUUCUUCCAGCUUGUGCCUCCAAGCAACUGUCCUGCAAGGCCUAGCAACUAUCCCAGUUCGUCUCCAAACUAAUAGUUUUUUUAUUAAUGUUUGCUUGAGUAAAUAACAGGUGCACUAUGUAUCGGGUGUCGAAGAUGUUGAAAAAACAGGAUUGUGAAUGAUAAUGGAGAUGAUAAUGUACAGAAAUAUAAAUUGAUUGC